ACUUUUUGAGUCUGGGAGAAAAAUGUCACUGUCAAGAUGUUUGGAUUUCCAUUUAUUUAUUACAAGGCAUUCCUUUCCUUUUGAAGCCGUGAUCAAAUUCCCACGACACACAAAACAAAAUGCAAACGAAACAAGAAAAAAGAAAGAUGUUCAAGAAAAACAUUAGCAUGUAAUGAAGUUUAGCAGUUUGCUUAUGUAAAUUAUUGUCUCCAAACGUACAUUACAGAGUUGGAAAUCCCAGUGGGCUGGCCACAUAAUUUUCUCUUUCUUUUGCUCUUUUUUACCCCUUUAAUUCCGGGCAGAACAAACACUCGCAAGUUGGAGUUUCUGUUAUCUUAACUUGUGCUUUUUCUCUUCCUUUUUUCCGUCCAUCAUUGAGCAAUGGAAGGUGGGCUUCCCAUGCUUAACUGCUUGCUGCAGCAUACACUCAGAAGCCUCUGUGCAUGUUCAGAUUCUUCCACCCCUUCAAAGUGGGUUUAUGCAGUCUUUUGGAGAAUCCUUCCAAGAAAUUAUCCACCUCCAAAGUGGGAUCAUGGAGGAGGCAUGCUUGAUCGAGCUAAGGGAAACAAGAGGAACUGGAUUCUUGUGUGGGAAGAUGGCUUCUGUGACUUUUCUGAGUGUGAAAGAGCUGGAAAUGGAUAUGGAAAGGGGAUGUUUGGUGCUGAUCUUUUCUUCAAAAUGACCCACGAAGUCUACAGUUUUGGAGAAGGAUUGGUGGGAAAAGUUGCCUCAGAUAACAGCCAUAAAUGGGUGUUUAGAGAUAGCUCAACAGAGAAUGAUCCCAACUUUAUUUCUUCAUGGAAUGUAACCAUUGAUCCUCAACCAAGAGCAUGGGAAGCUCAGUUCAGUUCAGGCAUUGAGACAAUAGCAAUUAUAUCAGUGAGAGAAGGUGCCAUCCAACUAGGCUCAUUUCAUAAGGUUGUUGAAGACCUCAACAUGGUACUGAGCAUAAAAAGAAAGUUCAGCUACAUACAGAGCAUACCGGGGAUAUACACCAUACAGAGGCCGUACCUACCUGUCCAGAAUCCUAACAACUUUAAUCACGACAAUCCCCAUGGACUAAUGCAAACGAACGGAGCAUUGUCUGGAUUUGAUGAUAAGCAACAAAUGAUAGGUUUGAAAAGGCAAAACUACGAGAAAUCAGAUGAUUCACCUACUACGUCCAUCUACUUAGGGUACAACGGCACACAGAGUGGCUAUUCCGGAGCACUGCCAUUGUGGUCUAUUCCACCGCUUUUGCCCUCCAUACCCUACAACCUUGGAGCAUUUUUCUCCAAGAUUCCUUCGGUUCCAGUACCAUAUUACGCUCCCGGAGUCAUUGAUCAUGAAAACACAUUGCUCAAUAGCACAGAUCAUGAAUACCGUGCGACAUUUGAUGAAAUCCCGGCUGUUUAUGUUAAGGUGGAAGAGACACCCUGUGUACAGGAAGAGGAAGGUGAAGAAGAAAAGCCAAGAACCUUGAACCAGUAACUGAGAUUGAAAGAUGGGUUGGUGGGUUUAGGAUCAGAACCUCAAAAUAGAGGAGUAGAGAAGUGUUGAAAUUCUUGAUUGAUCAGGUUUGUAGCUUCAUGGUUUGUAAGCAAGUGUUGAUAUUAUGAUAGAGUUAUGAUAAUAAGAAGUGAUUAUUGCAUCAAA